AUGGGCUCCCAAAGAGCAGGUACAGCGGCCCCCCAAAGCCGCGGAAACAGGUCAACGGAUAUGCCUUGACAGGACUACUAAAUUGUUUUGCCGACCCUGCCCACAGGUACGACCACCACGAACACUUUGUUUCUACACGCAGACCUAAAAGCCAGGCCUUAUAGGGUGGAGCACUUCAGAGAUGCGCUCGCGCAUAUUUCUCUACUAUCGGAAGUGGUCGCGCUAGGUGCUUAUCAAAUGAACCAUGUGUGGGCGGUGACUUUUUGUGACGACGAAGCGAAGAAGAAAAUGCUGGCAGCAGGAAAUUUUACUGUGAAAGACCGACGCUGCGUUCUUGUUGACCCCUGCAACCAGGCAAUACGACUCAAGCUGUACUGGUUGUUGCACGGCGUCCCCGAUGAAGACGUGCGAACAGCAUUGUCUCCGUUUGGGAAAGUCGUUGAGGUCGCCAGAGAUAAGUGGCGCGUACAAGGCUGCAACGAGAAGAGUUCCACAACGCGGUCGGUAACCCUCCAGCUCAAAGCAGGCAUGAGUAUUGAACACUUACCACACCAACUUCGAGUGGCAGAGGACUUAGCUCUCGCCCAUGUACCUGGCAGAGCACCGCUCUGUCUCCGGUGUCACGGCACCGGCCACGUACGACGAGACUGUCGUGUACCGCGCUGUGGCCAUUGUCGCCGGUACGGCCACGAUGAAUCCACGUGCGUGCGAUCCUAUGCCUCGGUGACUGGACCGCCCCAAAACCAAGACACUUCGGAACACAUUAUGGACCUAAAUGACGCCAAGGAAGCUGCACGAGAUCCCGUACCAGAAGACGGCGUCAACACCAAGCCACCAGAAACGCAAAAAAAGAGCAAAGCCAUCGUGAAUAAUAAGGAACCCGACCCGAUGGAACUCAAGACAGACAAAAAGGCCGAUAGUGUAAGUGACCUCAAUGUAGCCCCGCCUUCAACAACGACCUGCGACGCCAAGGAAGCUGUCGACGUUGAAAUGGCAACAGCUGCGAGCACAUCGGCGAAACGGUCACGCGACACAGGCCAAGACGACGUUGGAAACACGAAAGAAAUGGGUAUCGACGAGCCUCCAGCGAAAACGUUUCCUCUUCGGCGAGGAAGCAUCAAGUUCAAGCCGACAAUACCGCCUGACCGGAAACCACCGCCAGCAAAUCCCUUGCCUUAG